AUGGCAAACGCGAACGGAGCUGCCAAGUCGCUGGAGGACAUGCUGAAAGAGAGUAAGGGCUGGCCUGGCCGCAUGCACUUCCAAUUUGACUGGCUACUGACCAAACGAAGAUCGCGAGAAGCAGAAGGCGCAGAAACUUGCGGAGCAGAUCUUCGGCAGACGCUCCAAGACACCCGCAGGACCCAAGCCCAAACCUGGCCCUGGUGCUAGCCUUGCUAGCCGGGUCGGAGUUGCAAAGGUAUUCCGACAACAUGUCUGAGGCUGGGAUGGGUCAUAUGGGCUCACACGUCUUCAGCGUACCGCGUCACUACCUCGAACCAACAGCGCUCCGCCUCGCAACCCGCGCAACGCAGCUCCACAACACUUCAACCGCCCUCCACGAAACGAGAACCUCAACCACAGACCCUCCUACACGCAGCCUCUAUCCGAUCCAGUGCCCGUGGGCAGGAGCAACGGAGCUCCUGUGUUCGAUGCAGCACCAGCGAAUGGCAGCGGUGUCAGCAUACGAGGCGCCGCUGCGUUGCCGAACGUAGUCAUUGCCUCCAAUUUCGCACCUGGUACGAGUGCUGCCGACAUUGAGAGCGUUAUGCUGGACGUGGGAGGCCAGAUGACUGAAUGCCGACUACUGACGUCUCUUCCUACCGUGGUUGCGGAGAUGACUUUCGUGGACAAGGCUGGCGCGGAGACCGUCAUCAACACAUUCAACAACAAGAAGGCGGAUGGUCGGACCUUGCACGUGUACUGGAAACACUCUGGAACUGGUCCUCGCGGCGUCGAAGCUGAGCCAGAACCAGCGCCAUCUGCUGUUGAAGACACCAUGGAGGUCGACGAGAACGCCGAGGCGCGCGAGGCCGAGAACCGUCUUCGCGAGGAACGCCGCGGUAACAACGCACGCGAACCGAGAGACGGCUAUCCAGCUGGCCCCAAGGGAGAUCGAGGAUACGAGGAUGACUACUACAGAGGUCCAAGGCGCGCAGAACCCGCGUGGCAAGAUGGCAGAUACGGUUUCGGUGGUGGUGACAGGUAUGGGCCAAGAGGCAGAUAUCGUGACGAGGGUCGCAUGUAUUCGGACCGUAUGGGACGUGGUGGACAACGCUGGAGGCCUUGA